AUGGGGUUUUUGGAUAAAUUGGCUUUUUGCCUAAGGCUGAAGCGCAGGGACGUGAAUAUCCUUUGUUUGGGGCUGGACAAUAGCGGGAAGAGUACAAUCAUCAACUGCCUGAAACCUACCAGUGCACAGGCCAAGGACCUAUUUCCAACAACUGGAUUUAGUGUGGAGAAAUUCUCUACAUCUAGGUUGUCCUUCACUGUGUUUGAUAUGUCUGGCCAGGGAAGAUACCGAAACCUGUGGGAAAAAUACUAUGAGGGUGCUGAUGCCAUUAUUUUUGUCAUUGACUGUGCAGACAAACUAAGAAUUGUUGUGGCUAAACAAGAAUUGGAUGCACUUCUCAUUCAUCCAGAUAUCUUGCAGAGACAAAUCCCUAUUCUUUUUUUCGCAAAUAAAAUGGACCUGAGUGGUGCUUUGCCGUCAGUUGCAGUGUCCCAGAUGUUGGGGCUUAAUAACAUCAAAGACAAACCUUGGCAUAUAUGUGCCUGCAGUGCUCUGAAAGGGGAAGGACUAGAGGAUGGAGUGAAGUGGCUACAAGCAAAUUCAAGUGGAAGAUGAGACUACAUUUCUUGCGGUGAAUGAUCAGAUCAGAACAAUGAAGCAGUGAAGAAUUACCCAUCUGACAAGCUGAACAUCCAAAACUGAGAAACUGAAAUCCCAAGUCUGAGCUGACCAAAGAAGC